AUGCAAAAGGUGGAGGGCGGAAGCUCUGAGAGUUCCGGCAUGCAGAGGAAUGUCAGUCUCCGGAACACCUUCCUCCACUUUCAUUGCAGCAACCCUGAAUUCACCAAGGUUCGGAGUUUCGAUGACGUUGACGCUGCCCUUUCGGAACGGAGAGGAGUGUCUGUUCCCAUCCAACGGGGAGGCAGUUUUGCACAAAUGGUCCCGCUGAAAGACAAGUUACUGAAUCUCAAAAGGGAGCUUCUAGGGUUAUCACCGGACUCCGACGGAUUCACCCGAGCAUUAUCCUUCUCUCGGCUCUCAUUGACACAGAGCAAGUCGGCCGCCCAACUUUAUCGUGAUAGCGAGUAUAGCAUCAACAGCAUGCUGAAUCGGUGCUUCCAUCCCUCCGCUACGCCCCCGCUUGGUGAGCCGGAGUUUGAGUGUUGCGGUAACUGCGGCACCCCAAAUGAUGGCUCGGAACUCUGCGAAGGCGGCCGAUGGCGCUGCUCGAUCUGUGGAUAUCUCAACGGCGCUGGCCCCGGUGUAAUCGGUGGCGGUAUAUUAGAUAGAUGCAUUGAAGAAGUAACGCAGGAUGUUCAUACGGAUGUAGCAACAGUUCACUCUGGCUCCAUGGACGAACCCCAGGCUUUUGCCGAUAUAAUGGAAAAAGAGAAUGCGGAAAAUGGCUCGCCAUUAUUAAAAGUUUGUAUACCUCCUGAAACUACUGACCCCCCAGAGAAGACCACGAAACGGAAGAAGAAGCGGUCUCGGAAAAAGAGCAAAGACGAGAAGGCGCGUGACGAUGUAAAGCCUGAAGAUGAGGCUGAAGUGCCAGCGCCUAAGGCAAGGGAGCCAUCGCCUCAUCCAUCUGGUCCGAUAACUACUCUAAUGCUUAGAAAUAUCCCCAACAAGUACACUCAGCAAAGGCUUCGGGAUGUUCUGGACGAGAAUUUCAAGCAUCAGUAUGAUUUUUUAUACCUCCCUAUCGAUUUUAAGAAUAUAUGCAACAUUGGAUACGCGUUCAUUAAUUUUCUCGACGUAGGCGUCGCGAACAAAUUCCGAGAACACUUUCAGGGUCUCCAUCUACCUGGGUUCAACUCAACUAAAGUUUGCGAUGUUUCAGUGGCCAGAGUCCAAGGCCUUGACGCCAAUGUUGAACACUAUAAGAACUCACCAGUAUGCGCUCUCACAGCACAGGAGUAUCGGCCGAUCAUAUUAGGAUGUGACCCAGAAAAACCAGAGGAGUUGGGUGAGGUUCUGCCCUUCCCGAAGCCCGACAUCACACCCCCAACCAUCAAACUACGCGGCUCUCGAGCGAGGGCAGCACACCGUAUGGCGAUGGCUCAGCAACAUCCAAAAGGGAAUGAAUAAGCAGCAAGAGUGACAACAUAGUACUCAACGAUGUGACUUUUCUGCUCACACGCUCAGGUGAUGUUAUUUUGUAACUCCACGACGUGGGUCGUGUCUCGCUCUGUUACACUUGAGACGUUUUCUGGCGAUAUAUAUCUUCAACACAUAUCUCCGCU